GCUUGACUAUUUUUUUUUAAUGCUCUCCGCAACCGCGCGAUCAGCCAUCGUGAUCAAGGCUCCAUUCUAGCCAGUGGGCUAGAAGCCUGAUGCCCCUCUUGAGUGGACAACGGUACAUUACCCCAGGGUGGUUUGCAUUGCCCAUGCAUGACAAGGUCAUGGUGACACAACGCAGAGACCGUUCUCGUCUUGCCCCUCUUGUUGGCACGGGCUUGAAUGGAUCUGAUUUCCCAAAGCGGACAUAGGACGCCAGCCCAAGCCUCGACCGCUCUGCCAACACCAAGCGGUGGCGGAGCUAUUCCGGUCUCACUUUUGAAAGGUUAUCGGGCUCUUAUCAGCCGAUUUUCUGAUAUUGUAAAUCCGCUGUGCAGUCAGUGAGAUAGCCCGGAUAUUGUGAAGGGGCUGCCGGGUCGAUGCCUAUCGCAGCAGAUACCGAUAGCAGGACUGCAGCCAGUGGCUUGGAGCUCCAAGCAAACCAACGCAGGCAGAGUCAAUCAUGGCCGCUUUGCGCAGUCUAACGCGCCUUGUCGGUGAGUGCGAAAGGGAGCACGCAAGCGGCUCAACGGGUGCGAAGAGUGAGGCGUCAAUAGUCCCAGGGAAGCACCAUGUCCUUGUCUCGAGAGCGAACGCAGAAGACUACGUGCCAGUGUGGCACUACCCCUCAUGACUCUCGCUGUGGAAGAUUCGGGAGGCUUUGGGCGUUUUCGG